AUGCCUUCAACAAAGAGACAGAAAGUGUCGCACAGUGGCUCUUCAGCCAAGGCCACCCGUGAAAAGGAGAGAGAGUCGUCUCCUGCCGAGUCCGUGUCUGAACCUGAGCUCGAAGCCGAUGUUACUGCGGAUGGCUCAGAGGAGGUGAAAAAGACCUUCAAAGAUCUCGGAAUCGUUGACUCUCUCUGCGAAGCUACGGCAGCCCUUGGAUACAAGCACCCCACACCGAUUCAAGCUCAAUCGAUUCCUCUUGCCCUGCAAAACCGCGAUAUCAUCGGUCUCGCCGAAACUGGUUCCGGAAAGACGGCUGCCUUCGCCCUUCCCAUUCUCCAGGCCCUUCUCGAGAAGCCCCAAGCUUUCUUUGGCCUCGUCUUGGCUCCGACCAGAGAACUGGCUGCCCAGAUCGCCCAAGCGUUCGAAGCUCUCGGAUCAUUGAUCAAUUUGCGAUGUGCGGUUAUUGUUGGUGGCUUAGACAUGGUCGCCCAGGCCAUCGCUCUCGGAAAGAAACCUCACAUUGUGGUGGCAACACCCGGACGUCUGGUGGAUCACCUUGAGAAGACCAAGGGCUUUUCAUUGCGGUCUCUGAAAUACUUGGUCAUGGACGAGGCAGACAGAUUGCUGGAUAUGGAUUUCGGACCAAGCAUCGACAAGAUUCUCAAAUUCAUUCCCCGCGAACGUCGCACCUUCCUCUUCUCUGCCACCAUGAGCUCCAAAAUCGAGAGUUUGCAGCGCGCCAGUUUGCGAGAUCCUCUUCGCGUCAGUAUCAGCUCCAACAAGUACCAGACAGUGUCAACUCUUCUACAACACUACCUUUUUGUCCCCCACACCCAGAAGGACACUUAUCUGAUCUACCUUGUCAACGAGUUCGCCGGCCAGAAGAUUGUCAUUUUUACAAGAACUGUCGUGGAGACACAGAGGCUGGCUAUUCUGCUCCGCACAUUAGGCUUCGGCGCCAUCCCCUUGCACGGACAGUUGAACCAGUCCGCACGUUUGGGUGCCCUCAACAAGUUCCGCACAGGUUCUCGCGAUAUUCUCGUAGCCACGGAUGUGGCUGCCCGUGGUCUGGAUAUCCCCAAGGUUGAUGUUGUCCUCAACCACGACCUGCCCCAGGACAGCAAGACAUACGUUCAUCGUGUCGGACGUACUGCCCGUGCCGGAAAGUCUGGUGUCGCCCUCAGCCUUGUGACUCAGUACGAUUUGGAGAUUUAUCUGCGUAUUGAAGCAGCACUCGGCAAGAAAUUGGAGGAAUACCCGACACAGAAGGACGAGGUCAUGGUCUUCCAGAACCGUGUUGAGGAGGCACAGAGGCAUGCCAGAAUGGAGAUGAAGAACUUGAUGGAGGCAAAGGGCAAGAAGGGAUCGACGUUGAAGGGAGGCAUGAAGGGCGGCAAGAGGCGCCAUGACAACAUGGAUGCCGAGGAGGGCUAA